CACCUCUCGGCGUUCCGAGAUCCACACGUCCCCUGCCCAUCGAUCCACCAGAGCCUCAGCUGCACCGACUCUGAGCACUCAAUUCGGUCCUGAUUCAUGGAAACGCGACGCAUCCACAGAUUACUUCGAAAUCAGAGAAGAAUCGAACGAGAAUUGUUCCGUGAGGAGGUUUUUCCUGAGGAGCGAGUGACCGCGGAACUGGUGAGUGAAGUUUCUUUGAAGAGGAGGAUUUUACUGUUUUCUGUGGACGACUAGUUCGCAGCUAUGAAGGACUCAGAAAUUUUAAAAGAUGGAGCCGACUACACGGUGGAUAUGGACGACAUGUUUGCGAAUCCCAGCAAGAAACGGAACCCUCUUGUACUUUGUGGUGCACUUGCCACUGCUGGUGUGCUAGUGGGAGGAUUAGUAUCUUUCCGCCAGGGUAACAGAAACAUGAGCCAGAUGUUGAUGCGCGCUCGAGUUGGAUUUCAGGCAGCAACAGUGGCUCUCAUGGCUGGGACUGUAUAUGUCCAAGGUAGAGCUCCCUGAAGGUCGCGAUAAUGUUGAAGUCAGCACCACACAAGAUCUUUUGCAUUUGACAAAUAGAGGCUCCUGCUUCGGCUCUUCCAAUGGACACGGGGUUGUUGAUUUCAGGUUACUUAAUCAGCUCAAGAAGCUAAUCAAUUUUCAUAUUCUCAAUUAGUAGUGGGCAUAGAUAUAUGCGUUUGAUCUUACACUUGGGGAAACUGUGGUAGUAUUUAUUAUUUAGGUGCUUAGAAGCAUAGAUUAUAAUCUUCAUCUUGUUGACAUUUAUUUUCCCGUCGUCUGUAUCACAAGGGUACCACGAAGGUAUACAUAUAUGCAAUGCGAAUUUGAGUUGGUAGUGUCGUGAAUUUGAAGUUCUAGAUAAUUGCAGGAAUCAAGUUUUCCAAUACCAAGGAACUGAGGUAUGAAAUUUAGAAGUUUUUUUUUAUA